CACCCCCCGGGUGUCGCCGCACACAAACGGUCCGAGACGUUUUGGGGCCUUGCAGCUCCUGGAGUCGACCUCCAGCCGCCUCGGUGGGGCGAGUCCGAGAGAGUUGACCCCCCACGGGCUCGAGAAGUCGAUCUGCAGCGCUAAAGGCGAUCUGCAGAUCCGGAGAGGGGCAGGGAGGGGGGGAACCUGCAGCGCAAGCUUCGAACUAUAGUCAACCUUCCACCCAUCAUCGACCUCCUCGAGCGAUCCUCUCGCGUCAAACCUCCACCUUCGGUGCUUGAAUCACACCCACCAAGAUCUGGAGUUGACCACAAGGUGUGUGAAGUCAGCCUUACGUCCAGCAAUACCAGUCAACCGCACUCAACACUAUAGUCGACCUAGCAUCAACUUACAGUCAACCUUCAUACAGCAUCAACCUUUCGGCUCGGCCUAUAUCCACCUUCGGACAUCUACAACCUCCACAUUCAUCACCUCGACUCCACCACACCCAACAAACCUCCAGCAUCGAACGACUGCUGGUGGUGUUGGUGUUGUUGGGAGACGGAGCACGCGGCCGCCUCGUGGAGGAGGGGUGGGGGGGUAGAGAGCCAUGGCUGCACUGGACGCCCAAGAGCUGAUGGACCGAGGUGCUCUCGCCCUGCUCGCCCUACGCUCGGCACCCUGCAGCCCGGCCCGUGCCUCGCCCUGGGGCGAGCAGGCUGACCUGGGUGACGACCACCAUCAUCAUCAUCAGCCCCUGGAGCCACCGCUUGCCCGGCUCGAAGGUCGCGGCGUGGACUACGUGGUGCGAAAGCGGAUGGUGACGGUGGGCAGAGACUCGAGCCAGGGUGCCGUGGACGUGGACAUGGGCAGGUCGAGCUUCAUCUCGAGGGCGCACCUGGAGAUCGCACUCGAAGGGACACACUUCAUGCUGAGCUGCCUGGGAAAGAACGGCGUGUUCGUGGACGGCGUGUUCCAGCGACGGGGCGCGUCGGCCCUGCGCCUGCCCAAGACGUGUGUCCUUCGGUUUCCGAGCACAACCAUCCGGCUGCGCUUCACCUCGUUGGUGUGGGAGACCAAGUCCCCAGAAGGCGUGAGCCUCGGUGGAGUUGGCGCCGGCGGCGCUGCCGUUGGAGACCGGCGCUCCCCGUCGCCCCCGCUACAGCCCCUGCACCCGGACAUGUCCCCGCUCAAGCUGCACAUCCCCGAACCCGGCCUGGACGUGCCGAGCCCCAUGCCCUCACCCACGCACACAAUCAGCGCGGCCAACUCGUGCCCGGCCAGCCCUCGCGGGGCGGGCAUGUCGGGCAUGUUGGGCUGCCGCAACGCCCGCCUCACGCUCGCCGAUCUACACUUGGCGGCGGAGUUUGCUCAGAACGCUGCCGAGAAAGAGGCGGAGCCCCUGGUGAUCGUGGCCGAGACAAACUUGAACCCCAACCCACCGCCCGCCCCUACCGGGGAGGAGAACCGGCCCAAAGUGCAGACUGCACAGCUUGCCUUUGAGCAGGACGAGAGCAAGCCCCCCUACUCGUACGCGCAGCUCAUCGUGCAGGCCAUCACGUCGGCGGCCAGCAAGCAGCUCACGCUCAGCGGCAUCUACGCCUACAUCAGCAAACACUACCCGUACUACCGCGCCUCCGACAAGGGCUGGCAGAACUCGAUCCGCCACAACCUGUCGCUGAACCGCUACUUCGUGAAGGUGCCCCGCUCGCAGGAGGACCCAGGCAAGGGCUCCUUCUGGCGCAUCGACCCGGCGUCGGAGGGGAAGCUGGCGGAACAGGCGUACCGCAAGCGGCGCGCCCGUGGGGUGCCCUGCUUCCGGGCGCCCUUUGGUCUGCUCUCGUCACGGAGCGCGCCCCCAUCGCCGACUCACCGUGGCUCUCUGGCCGGGGUGGAGACCCCGGACUGCUUGUCCCGUGAGGGGUCUCCCACCCCCGCCGAGCACGAGGGCGUCUCCACUCACCACCCAACCCUGCCCACCCUCUCGGAUGCACGCUACACACAGAGCGCGCCCGGCUCUCCCGUGAGCAGCAGCCAGCCCAUCCUGGUGAGCUUGCAGCACCAGCUGCCAGCGCUCAUCCCCACCAAGCCUGGCACGUUCACGCUGGCGCCAGGAGGCACCUAUACCAUAGCGACGGCGGCCCCGCCAGGCCGCGCCGGUCAGACACUGGGCACCAGCGCUGGCAACCCCACACCCGUGGUGGUGCAGACGGUCACAGUUCUGCGGCCUGUGUCGUCGUUGGGCCCACUUGAGAUGCGGGGUGGCCUGCCGCAACAGAUGCAGGUUCAGACGGCGCAGGCGCAGCUGCAGACGAUGCAAACAGUGCAGAUGCAGCCGGUGCAGGUUCAGGUGCAAACCGCGCAAGUGCAAUCGGUGCAAGCGCAAGCAAUGCAGGCUAUGCAGGCCCUGCAGGCGGGUCAGGCCCGGCAGAUACAGGCGGCGCCCGUGCAGGCGACGCAGGUCCAAGCCGUGCAACUGCAAGCGGUGCAGCUGCAGCUGCAAGCGCAGCCUCCGUCCAUCACCACGUCGAGCCCGACGCUAGCUGUAGCAAACCCAUUGCAGCUUUUGGCUGCGCAUGCGUCCGCCUCGGCCGCGCUUGGCACUAAACGCGCCGCCAUCACGGAGAACAUGGGCCACAAAAACGUGUCAGCUGAAGAGCCUGUUCAAAAGAGGCUCUGCGCAGCGUUGGGGAAGGAAGAGUCGGAAGAUGACGGUGAUGUGAGCAGCGACGGUGAGGGUGCCCCGCUUGUAAUUGCAACUGGACCCGACGCGACGCAUCACAGCAAUGGGGUGGAUUAAAAACACAUUGGCCACAUCCUGUUGUGGCUUUUCUGCUGUUUUAGGUCGGGCUUUGGUGAUGCCCGUGUUAUUUUGUUCCCGAAUACAUUUUAUUGGCCAGAAUGUGGUCCCACCCUGCCAAUAAGACCUGCCACCGAUGGAAGAAAAGAUGUCACUGUUGUUGUCUCUGCAAGUUGAAGUAAAUACAUUUUGAGUCGCAAAAAGUAAGAAGAAAGAAGACAAUGGAACACAUGUUUGCUUAUGGUCUUAAAGUCUCUCCCAGAACCAUGAGGAAGUCAAGGAAUGAGCUAAGUGUCAGAACUUAAAAGAUUUAUGCAAUAAGAAAACAUCAAGCAACGUCAUAUUCGUUCUGCCAUCAUUCGUGGCUGGCCAAGCAGCCAGAACUUUGGCCACGUCUUUAGAACCGGCAGUGGCUGUUACUGUCUGAAAAACUAUAAACAUUUCACCAAAUACUGCUUUGGAAUGGAUAGGGAUAUUCCCUUCGUCUUAACCGCUCUUCUGUAAGGACACUGCUUUCUGCAUUGUCACUGCUGGCCAUGCCCGUGACAUGAUCACAUACCCCACCCUAAAGGGGAGAGAAAAACUACACGUUGGGUUUGCAUGGAAAAAGAUAAAUAUUAAACUAACUGUUGCUUAUUAUAAUCCUGUUUUGCUCGGAUCCCUACGUAUUGCUGGCUUGGUAUAAAUGGGCAUCUGUAAGAUGAUCUUUCUCCAGAAAAAAUCAGGUGAGCGAAGUUAGUGUGAGAUUAUUUUGCAAACGUUUUGUGCAAGGGAGUGUAUCUCGAGUCUAAUGAGUACUGCCUUUGGUAACAUAGUAACGUAAGUCCAAAGGAUGCCGAACUUCAAGUGUCGGUUGAAAUUGAGUGGCGGUGGUGUCAUUUAUAAAUCACAGUCGUGCGUACUCUUCUCACGGUACCGUUAUUAGCCUCUUUGGUUGCAUUACUCUACAAACAAACUUUGUCGGACAUGUAGUAAAAAAAUGUUUGUUGUUGCUGACAAUGACUGGACUUAAUCUCAUAUUUUGUUUAAGUAAACCUGAAUCGGGGGGCUAUGUGCCCGACAUGUUAAGCGAAUUUUUUUUUUAUCGGAUAUAGUGUACGACUUUUGUCACUUGACCACAAGCAUUUGUCCUUUACACUUUUCAAAUAUCAAUUAUCGUGCUGCAGCCGGAGAUAUUGUGCGCUGACAAUUGCUAUGUUUACUGUUGUGAAUAAACAGAGGCUAAUGGUAAAGAAACGCAUACCGGUUAACUUAACACCUGUUUUUCAUGGUUCGUACAUUUCUACUGUAUGGCUGAACGUUCAUGCUUACAAAACGGAUGUGCUUGCCUUUGGCACUAAAGCAAAGGAUGUAGUUGUCAGCCCAUUUCUAAUUUUAUUCGCCUAUCUCUUGGUAUUAUUUUCUCUAUCUACCUCCUUUUUAUGUUUCUUAAAAGGUUUUAUUUCAUUUUUUUAUUCGUAUUACGAUGCUUCCCAUGUCUACAUAUAUACGGUAAUUUUUGUUAUAAUAUCAAUGCAGUAUCACAUGUUUAUAGUGCGUGCAAAUGAGAAUUUAAAUCAUACUGACAAUGGGCUGUGUGAUGUGCGUAUAUGGAUUUUUUGGUCAUUAAUUUGCAUCGCUAAUGAACCUUGAACAACAAGUAAAUUGCUGCAUUAUGCUCAUUAACCAGUGGUUGACAUUUAUGAACUGUACGAUUGUUUUAGAGCCUUUAAAAAAAAUUGUACUCUGUCCAUAUAAUUUAAACAAUCUGAAAUACAGUAAAAGAAAAGUGAACAUUUGUAACAGGUUUUGGCAGUGUUUUAAUUCACCCUAUUUUCCAGAUGAUUAAAGAUUGCGCGCGUCUCGUGAUACGUAAAUACUUACAGCUAACCAAGUGUUGCUUUUCUAUUUACGGGUGGGAGGUAAUUUCAAAUUGUUAGUGAAGCAACAAAAAAACACAUAACCACCUUUGCUGUAAGUCUUUUGGGGAUUUGAUGGCCAAAGCCAGGGUUAAAGUAAACAUUAACAUCAAUCUAAAGUAACAAAAGACAAACAUGCGCUCAUUCUAUUAAGACGUGAGAAAGUAUCUUGAAAUUUACAUUAAGCUGCGGAAGAUUGAUAUAAUCAGAUAUGCUACGUUUCGGGCAUAUAUGUAUACUGUGCAGGACAUUUAUGUAGAUUCGUUUUUAGUUUUUUUUUUAAACAAGAGUUGUGUUUUCCAUGGUGAUAUGGGCCAAAUAUUAAAACUAAGAACCAGAAGUUCUGCUUUUGGUAAAAGAACAUUUACUUGGAACCUUUGUUUUCUAUUUCGAAUUGUUGGAAUCUUGGUUCUUCUAGUAACCAGCAUUAAAAUGCCAAAUUGCAGUGCCCUGGUUUUUACUGUUUUUGAGCAACAAAGCCAUCUUGCAUGUGGUAUUUCUGAAGAAUGUUUUAAUGAAUAAAAAAAUGUAAACAAAACAGCAGGGUCGGCGGGGGCUUCCUGUAGAAAGGCAGAAAAAACAUUUUUUUCUAAUUUAUGUGAAUCCUACAUGCGCAAUAUUUGCUGCAAAUCUUGUGGAGCAAUGUUUGGUACACAUGAAAUGUAUUUUUUGGAAAUGUUAUUGCGUGCCGUAAGUUGAAAAUCUGUCCAGUACAAACCUAAAUAUCGUACUAUAUCAUCAAAUUUGGAAUUUCACACCGCUUACCGGAAGCCAUACAUCAUAGCUAAACAUUAUUUGAGUAGGUUAUGUAAUGUUAAUGAAAAACAUUUAACUGAAUUUUGUAUUCAAGGCCCAUGCUGUCAAAAUUGAUAUAUUUAGUUACAUCAUUGAGUGUUCAAACAGAUAUUUGAGGAUAAAUUAUAAGAGAUGUUGGGGAUUAAUAUUUAAAAAAACAUUGGCAUCGUACACUACUAGAUAGUAGUGUACUAGAUAGUAAGUACACUACUAGAUAAAUGUAGAGCUUUAAAAUAACAAAGCAAAAUGCGUCUUGGGGUGCAUCGACAAUAGCUGCCAUUGGUGACCAGUUCCCAACAAAGACUUUUAAGUGAACUUUGAAUACACUUUUGGCAACUGUUCUUAGUAUUUUAUACUGAACUCGAAAAUAACUUGUCACGCUUUUACGAUGUGUGCAUUCACAUACAUUUGUGUGGAUAUUAGUGAUGUUCGCGGUAUUGUGGGUUUUUUUUUAUACUGUGAUAAUCACAUGCAGUGGAAAGCCAAUAAACAAAAUUGUGUACAUAAAUGCUACUAAGAGUCCACAAGUGUGAGGGGGGUCCAUACACUCAAUAGGAUAUAUUUUUAAAUUGCCAUUUGUAAUGUUACGCUUUUGACUCGAUCAUGGGCUACAUACGGAAAUGUAUUGUCUUUCCUCUGCCAUCAUUGGGAUAACGAGUGUAAUUCGGGAUUUUAACAAUUCACCCCUUUUUCCCUAAUUCAGUUAAAAAAAAUUGGUAGUCACUAUGUGAUUAAAAGAAUUUAUAUUUUCCCCCAUUGUGGUUCAUGUAUAAUUUAUAGUGGUAAAAAAAUGUGUGAAAGGUAAUUAACUUUUAAACACCAUCCGAUGUAUUUAUUGUAAUAUCACUUGUAUCCCUAAAGUGCAUUGUGUCAUUCACAUUGUCAUUCAAGAAUUCAUGAGUAUAUGAAAGGUAUAUAACCCGAAUAAUGCUUGCUGAACUUGAGGGGUUUUUUUUACACUAAACACAGCCUCCACUUUAGAUCAUUUGCCUCAGUUGAACGAAGCAUAAACACAUUUGAAUUGCAUGCGCGUCAGUUGGCAGAAUGUAAUCCACACCGUUUGCGUGCCCAUAACAUCAAUGUUGAGAUUGGCUCAAAAGUUAGAAUAAAAUAUUGUUUUGGUUUUGCAAUCCAUGGACAUUUUUCUUUGGUGGCUGUACAAGGAAAUUACAUGCUUAGCAUGACUAUUAGUCUCGCUUUAGCAUCAGCCAGACUAUAGUUUACAGUUGAUUGGCAUUGUAUUUAAUAUAUUUCUAUUUAUAACUUUGCAAGGAAUGCAAUGUUAAUUUCUUACCAACAAUGGAUAAUUAACAAAGUCUGUGAUUAUCCACACUUAUAAUUGAUAUUCUAAAUGGAUCUAUUGAGAACGACCGUUGAAUUUCACAAAAACCGAUACUCAUUUUAUUGAUCUCAAAUACAUAUUGCAUCGGGUUGACUCCAAUUGGGAUUUUAACCUCAUGCAUUGAUAUGAACACUCAGUUGUGUAAUAAAGGUGAUUAAAACAUUAAAUUAUCUGCCGCUGUCAUAAGCCACACUCCAAAUGUUUUAACUAUUCAGCUUUUUUUUUACAUAAUUUAAUUCGCUGAUAACUGAAUGUUUUGUUUUCUUAUCAGAGGCAGUUGGUACAUAUUUACAAUAAUUUUAAUCACAAUUUAUAAUAUGUAUCAACAAUAGCCAGUUGCAUAUUUCAUCCCAAUGUUAUUGUUUACAUUCAAGAAGUUACUAUGGUUACUCGUGUUAAACACGAAAACAUUUGAAUUGCAAUUACGCUCGUGCAAAUUGGCAGAGUAUACAUCGCCAAUGUUUAGGACACAGUUGGCAGCAUACAUUUAUGGUAAGCAACACAAAGCUGACGAUUGUUAACUGUCUUGCAGUAUUUUAAUUAAAGGACACCCCCAUUCGCAGCAGUUUAUCUCGUUCACCGCCAUGGAGUAACGCAUGGAAUUCUUGAGACAAGUGCUGUGGCAUUGCAUGUAACCUCAUGCAACAAGCAGAACGAGCGCAGCCUUUCCCAUAUCGUGCAUGAAUGGGACAAUCGCACCCGAAGACUGGAAAGGGCAUUUGGGCACGUGGCUUUCGGAGAUCUUUUGUGAUGGACCAAUCGGCAAAUACUUUUUAUAUUUCUUCAGAAUGCAUGCAAUGUGCUUAUUUCUCUAUAUUUAUUUGUAUACGUGUUGAUUCGUGCAUAUGUAUGCUUUGGUGUAAACUGCACCUGACCUGGCACAGGUUCCCUUGUGACGUCACCGUCGGUGGCGAAAUGUGACUGUUGUUGUGUGGUGGUGGUUUGUGAACUGUGCUACAAACCCACCAACUUCAGUUUGAUUUGCGGCCAAGGCUAACAUCGGUAGCAAUCGAUAUCUGAACCGGUGCUGGGCCUUGACUAGGUGUGGUGGGAUGAACAUCGGCACUGAAAAGACGAAAGCGGCUGCAAGCGUGGUGCUGGCCACACCACUACCUCGUACGUAAUGUCGGCCUUUAACAGGUGGUCGCUAAAAGCACGCCUCGGAAAUCGAGGCUUCUACCAUCUCUUAAAACGCGCCUCAGCCAAUACGUGCUGCACAUUUAAAAUGUGGAAUUGUCGUGCAAGUGAAAGUUUCAUAGUCGCUGCAUAUUGUUGUGGUGCUUAGGGGGAAUGUCUAUUUUCCCGGCACUUUGAGCACGAACGUGACAUCAUCUGAUAAAGUAUGGUAUGCUAUUCUGUUUUUCUCAACACAUGCCCUUUUUUAUAAUUUGUGAUGCUUUUUUGUACCCCAAACCUAAAAUUAUACAUUUGUACAUUACAUUAAAAAAUAUAUAAACUCACUUAAACCUCUCAUUGGAUCAUUUUUACUCAAUUUUUUAUUAGGUGCUUUUAGGAAAAACAUACCUUAAGUUACACACAAUACACUUAUUACUGUUGAAGUAUUGUGUAAUAAUAGUUGAUUAAUGGUAAGUAGCAAAACAUUAAAGUUAUGUUCUUGCAUUUUUAUAUUUUAAAACCUUAACAGAUUUUUUUUAAUUCCCUUUAUUAUGUGUAUAAGAAAUGUGCUUAGGUUUCUGCAGGCUCCGUGUAGUAGCAUUAAAGUUUUAUUUAAGAUUAUACCCAACUCGCCAGUAAGUUGUUCCCUCGUGUUUUUUUUCAUAUCUCAUUGUCCUUAAUGUACUUUGAUCACAAACUAUGAUUACGUUCUAAUUAUGGGUAUGCAAUUGUGACUACUGCCUAUAAUAAGUUGCUGAUGUAAGUUUUUGCGUCCCGAUCCAAACACUUGUGAUAUCAGUCAAGCUGUUCUUGCUUUGGCUACAUAGUUGAACUGUUUAGUUUUGACAACACUGGAGAAGACUCAAAAUAUUGGUACUAAAUGUAAUACCAUUUGCAAUUAAAUUGGCUGAAAUUUCUGCAUAACACGAGCCUUGUUUAGUAUAAAAUUUCUGGAUCCAUGCCCACAUGCAAAGAAAAUUGCACUAUGAACAACUAUUGCUUUUACAAAAUUGAUACCUCAAACUGGCUGCUAAAUAUCUGACAUGAAAUCCAGUACUUUAGGAGUGGCCAGAUGUCUGCACCACUGAAGUGGCUUGAAACUUCGUAACCACCCAUGAAUACAUCAAUCAGGUGCUCAAGUAUAAGUACAUUGAUAAUUAUUAAUUUCAGUCCAGUCAUCAAUUACUGCACACAAAAUAUCAAAUUUGCUUUUGCACUUUGGCUUAAUUCCAGGUCUGAGAAUUCAACACUGGUUUGAUUUGCAUGCAACAAUAUCAGCAGAGAGUAGAGGAAAGUGUGACCUUUGUUGUUUAAAGGAUAAAAUGGCCACCUGAAGGAUUUUAUCUGGAGCAUUGUGAAACACAUCUAACGCAGAUAAUCCUUUACAAGGGGAAAACUGGCCUACAUGAUUUCCAAAUGGAUCUUUGGUCUCAUCACAUGCGGAUAGCUCAAUUGGAAUAAAUUGGCGGCGUGGGGGGGAGACUAUAAAGUAAUGCAAUGCAUAUACUCAUUAAUAUUAAGAACUGGUGGUAGGCACUCUUUAGAAUAGUUUAAUCCUACGCAUUUGUAUUGUGGAUACAUUCUUGCAAAAAAGGAACGUUCCAGUUCAAGCUUGUGCGUCCAUCUAUUAGCGAUAUUUGUUGGUAAUAUAACUACCAUGCUCUGUUAAACACAAACCUUAUAGUACUAUUGCAUGCUCAUUCCUACAUAGUGCAUGUUAAGCAGGCAGCGUAACCCUUUAAUGCAUCAUGUGGUAACCCGAAUCAUUUUGGCUUGUAUUUUAUUUUUUUCAUUAAUAUUUAGUCGCAUUUUGUUUGAUAUAUUUAUGGAGUUAUCAAUUGCUUAUGCCUUUAGGUGUUGGUGCAAUUUCCGGUGAUAGUAUCACUUCCUGUUGAGCGAAUCACCUUCUUGGUUGUCAUGGAUGUAUAUAAAUUGAGGGCUCGUGAAAUGGGAAGUGGUGGUGGAAGAACUCAAGCUCAUCGAGCCAAGGUCCUAAGCUGCAUCCUGGGACAUGUGGAGCUGCGUUUAAGAGUUGCAUCGAGAGCUUCCGAGCCCGAUUACGAGCCCUUGACCACUCCUGGUCGCCACUUGAAUCACGUAUUUUUACGUGUACGACAGUUUUAAUUGGAUGUUAAUCUCUAUGUGCUACGUCCUUUCUUAAAUAUGCUUUGUCCUCCUUUCAUUUGGCUCUGUCCAUGUUACUUCAGAACUUAGCAUUGGACACUCCUUACAGUUGUAUCAAAUUGUUAUAAUGUCUUAUGUACUUAAUUUUCUGUCUCUCCCGGCUUCUCGUACCUAUACUUUUCCCGAACAAAACAUUCAGUCCGUUGUUUUCUCAUUCAAUGUCCAAUAAAUCUAAUCUGCCUCCUCUCUAAUUAUUCUCAUACAUUUUCCUGUUGUACCUGUUAUCUGUAAUAGCUUCAUGUUACUUGUCUUUUCUGCCCGUGUUAUAUACUUUACAUCUUUAAAAAAAAAGUAAUGUUGUUGGUUCUAGAAACAUGUUUUUUUUACUAAAUACAGAUGUUAAUGUUUCAGCAUUUUACAAUUCUCAGUAACUGAUCUUGUAUACAUAACUAAUAAUUCAUAUUUUUUUAACUGGAUUCCUGCCUUCACAUGUAUUCAAGCCACAGUUAUCCGGGUAUAAGAGGCCAUAUUCGGAGGAAAUAGACAAUCUCAUGUGAACAUACCAUUCCAUAUUAAUUGUUAGUGUUGCUCUUCAGAGAUAAAUAAACUAUUGGGAUGUUACAUAUAUUUUUCAGAACAACUUUUUUUAAGUCUUGGCCGAGAAAAAAUGGCAUUGUUUAAAAAAAAUUAAGAGCCUGAUGCAUGUAUCAAGAAACCACAUUUUCUACUAGUUUUCAGUAAAAAAAAAAAGGCCAAUUUUAAGCAAAUUAUUGGCAGUAAUUGUCUCUGCCAAUGCAUUGUGGAAGCCAAAACGUGUUUUGUCUCUAAAAAUGUGAGCUUUGGUGUAAAGCUUGGUCUGUUCUACCUUCAGCUGAGCUUGAGUUGAUUCACUGCCCCUAUUUUCCUGUAACAAUCUUGAUAUGCUCGGCACAAUCCUGGAGCUCAAAGGAACUACCAUUUUAUCUGACUUUAGAAUGUGAACUCUUGACUUGAGGCCAAUUUUCCAUAAAAUAUCUCAACAGAUUUGGGUUAGGCUAUGUAAUGAUACUGGCCAGAUCAUUGUGGCCUAACAAAAAAUCAAUUAUGAACCAACAUGCAUUGACUUAUUUUCUUUUGGUUCCAUUAACUAAAGCUGUAAUCUUCACACUUGUCCAAACUUGAAAUGACUGGUAUUAAUUUUACUUAAAUACUAAAAGAAUCAUAGGAGUGAUUUGGUUUUAACUAGUCAAUGUUUACAGACAUGGGAAUGUUGGUUCAUGUAACAAAAAGUGAAAAACAUUGGAAAAAAGAUCAAACUUUUUAUAAAUACGACUUUGUUGUAAUCUGUAUUUUCAUGUGGACAUGUCUCAAAGAAACAGUGCCACUUACUCUGUCUUGUCAUUAUGGCUGGUACAUAGCAGAGAGCCUUGUUUCUCAAAGUGAGUGGAUGUCAUGUUACAUGUUGCUUUUAAUCUCGUGCAGCAGAACUGGCAGAUUCAUAAAUAUAAAUGUUAAAAAUGUUGUUUCAAUGUAAUUUUAAUGUAAUGGAGAUACUUAACAUUUGGUGAAAAAAAAUUACGUUAUUGUUGAAUGGCUUCUAAGUGAAUGGAGUUUAAGUGUCACAGUGCAUAUUCAUAUUGGACUUUAUUGAAGUUUACACGGCAAAUGUUUGUCAUGAGCCUGUUUUAACUCCACCUGCAGUG